AUACUAUUUAUAAGCAGAGCCACCACGCGAGACCAUCGCGCUUGAGCGGUGCUUUGUGUCACCAAUAUAAAUAUUAAUAAAGAGUCCCCGGAUUCUAAAUCACUCCCCUCCCCGUUUACGUUACGUUUUAUCGGAAGCUUUCUCAAAAUCCAGAACCUUUGAGAAUUUUUGUAGAUACAACACCGCCCCCCACUUCAGGUGUUUCUUUUUCUUCACCAAGUUUCUAGCUCUCGCUUGACAGCCUUUUUCUGCAACCAAAAACAGGCAUUUUGGGAGUAAUUGUUCGUAUCAAUGGCUUACUUUAAUAGAAUAUUCAAAACUCAGCCUUCUGCUCCUCAUGGGUACGGUGAGUCAUAUGAGCACUGGGGUUUCCCACCUGGUACGCAUGUGGAUGUUAUAAGAAGCUUUCAGAUGGUGGAUAGGGAUAGGAGUGGUUUUAUUGAUGGUGCUGAGUUGCAGCAAGCUCUUUCUUCUGCUUACCAGAGGUUUAGUCUCAGGACCAUCCGGCUACUCAUUUUUCUCUUCAAGAACCCCAAUGACCCACUAAGAAUUGGACCUCAAGAGUUUGCUGCACUGUGGAGUUGUCUUGGUCAAUGGCGCGGCAUAUUUGAGAGAUAUGAUAAAGAUAGGAGUGGCAAAAUCGACUUAUUUGAACUGAGGGAUGCUCUCUAUGGUAUUGGCUACGCUAUCCCGGCUUCUAUUCUCCAACUUCUGAUUUCCAAGUAUGAAAAUGGAAGUGGCAGGAGGGUGGAACUUAAUUUUGACAGUUUUGUCGAGUGCGGAAUGAUUCUGAAGGGUUUGACAGACAAGUUUAAAGAGAAGGAUCCCAAGCAUAGCGGUUCAGCGACAUUUUCUUAUGACGCAUUCAUGUCCACAGUCAUUCCUUUUCUUGUAUCCUAUGAUUGAGUCUAUGUGAUGCUGUUCAUUUUGUAGUCUUGAUCUCUAUGACUAUUUGGUUUAUUCAUUUAUUUGAGUUCCCUUGUGCAUUGAUACAAGUUGCUGUUUCUUGUUUCCUUCUUUUGCCCUCAUGUGUAAUGUAAACAGUCAGAAUACAAUUUCAAAAGUAUAAUUCAGAGGUGUAA